AUGUUGGUCAGGGACCUCAGGCGCUUCUCGCUGGUGCUCGGCUCAGCGAUCCUGCUGCUGCUGCUUUGCGUCAGGCUCGUCGGGCCCGCGGGCACGGAGACUCUGCUGGGCCUGCAGGUGGGUGACUGGCCCGACGGCGGCUCGCCGACAUCACCGCAUGUGCCCUCGUACACAUCGCCCUUCGCGGUGGCGUCGCCCUCGGCACUCGAGGCAGCCGCAGCCCUCCAGCAGCAGCAGACGCAGAGCGCACUAACGGACGGCUCAAAGGACGACGACGAGGCGCCGCUGCUGUCAUCGUCACCUCCACCUCCGCCGCCGCCGCCGUCGAGGCCGUCCGGGCCGUCGAGGUUCAUCGGCCCCAACGGCGAGAUCGUCGGGUUCCAGCCCCCGGCCGAGGUGAGGCCCGGCGGCUCUGGCGUGCUGCACACCGAGAUAUUCUCCGUCUCCACCAGGGACAGGCAGUACUUCCCCAUCCGGAUGGGAAGCGCAAGGGUCCUCAACCCAAACAUCAUCCCGCACCCGCGCCUCGAGGCCGCGUGGAUCGUCACCGCGCAGAAGCGGGGGGACCACGACGACGACGACGACGAGACCCGGCUGCGGCAGGGCCUGGUCGUCGAGCCCUCGCUCGAGCUGGUCUGCAACGCCAUGUUCAUCGACGACGCGCUGACGUGCAUCGGGGCCGACGGGCGGGGCUUCGGCGAGCCGACCACGGUGCCCAUCCAGCCGACCACGGGCGACGUGACAAAGUGCACGGGCGAGCUCGAGUUCUUCAACCUCAACGUCGGCCCGCACGACGCGCGCGUCUUCUACGGCCCGCGGGACCCCUACACCAUCUACGGGUCCAACUCCAACUUCAACUGCUUCGGCCAGUGGAUCCAGGACUUCCGCGGCCUCGUGCCGGACUGGGGCGUCGACGUCGGGUCGGCGGCAGCGCCCGGACGGGGAGGAGGAGGCUCCUUCGCGCACGAGUUCGCCUCGCCCGCGGAGCUCCAGCGGCCCCCUCCCCUGGGCGCGGUCGAGAAGAACUGGUUCCUCUUCUGGGACUCGGACAACGUGCACUACGUGCACUACGACAUCACCCCCAACCGGGCCUUUGCGCGCCUCAACAGCGACGGGUCUGUGGGCGAGGACCUCGCCCACCACACGGCGGGCCACGACGGCGCGUGCCUGGCGCGGUACCUGCCCGACGUGUCGGCGCUGCCGUUCGCGCAGGCGCAGCAGGGGCCCGGGUUCCACGAGAGCGUCCACCAGGCGACCAACUCGCUGUCGGUGACGCUGUGCCGGCGGGCGGACCCGGGGUGCGUGGCGGACGACACCAACACCUUCAUCUUUGCCGUGGUGCACCACAAGGCGUACCGGGAUUUCCAUUCCGUCUACGAGCCGUACGUCGCCGUGUUCCGGCAGAGGGCGCCGUUCGAGAUGUUUGCCGUCAGCUCGCGGCCGGUGUGGAUCUCGGGGAGGGGGACGGUCCGGGGCACCGGGGGCCGGGCUGAUACUACCGAGAUGUUCUACGUUACUAGCAUCGCGUGGAAGACGGGGGGGCUCAAGUACCAUGGCUAUGUGGAUGAUGUGCUGUUCCUCGCGUUUGGGAUCGAGGACGAGAGGGCUGCUGGGAUUGACGUGCAGGCUGGGAGCUUGCUGGCUAACCUGGGGCUUUGUGAUGAUGGGGACGGGGGUUUUUCGUGA